AUGCACUCAAAUUCUCCACUUUAAGUAAUAGAUAAUAAAUUAAACUAAGGCUCAUGUAAUCUCUCAUCGAAAUGAUCCUAACGAAAGCGCUAUUUAUUAUACAAUAUAAAUUUUAGAUAAAAGUGGUGAUAAUUGGAGAAUUGAUAGAAGGUAGUACUGUAUUAUGAGAUUCAAGAUUUUCAUAAUUUGAAGAUUUAUUAAAAAAAUUAAAGGUAUUUUUUGGGGAAUAAUUACCAUCUUUGCCAAAAAAGAAAUAUAUUACAUUUUUAAUUGGUAGAUCUUAAGAUGACAUAGAAAAAAGAAAAAUAGGAUUAGAUUAAUUUAUAUAAGUAAUUAAUUGUUAAUAAAAUAGGAAUUAGUUAAUAGACCUGAAAUUGUAGCUUCUAAUCCUUUUAAAGACUUUUUUGAAAUUGAUAAAAAUGCAAAAGAAAUUAUUGUUAAUCCUCCUUAAUUAAUCUUUUAAUUUAAAGACUUUUAGUUAGGAAUAAGAGAUUUUAUUCUAAAUUCAGAAUCUGGUUUAAUGUUUGUUUUAACAUCUGAUUGUUCUGUAAUAAAUAGAAUUGAUGCUUAUUUAACAAAUAGAAAGGGUCCUUGGGAAUCUGAAAAAGAUGAAGUAACAUAAAUUGCUGUAGGAAGUGUAGAAUGUUGGCAUUAGACAUAAAAUGGUGAAUUUUAAAAAUUAUGGGCAAAAUUAUAUAAUUCUUAGGCAAUAACAUGUUAUUGGGAUCAUAUUGCAUCUGUUCUCUUGGUUGGUUUAGAUAGUGGAUCUAUAAACUAUUUGAUUGUUCUUGAGAAAGAAGGAUUCUAAAGAUAUUAAGAAAGUUAAGAAAUUGAAUAACAUAAAGGUAGAAUAAUGGGGUUGUAUUAUGAUAGAAGAAAUAAAUAUAUACAUUCAAUUUCAAAGGAUCAUAAAUAUAAAGUGUUUAAUUUACGAAUGAAAGAAUUGGUAGCAGGUUUUUACUUAUUCUAAAAUAGAUUUUAUACCAGACCAGUAUGAAUUAACCAGUUUAUUAGCAAGUGAUGAAAGAAGAAAAGUUUUUAUUGGUGAUAGACAUGGCUAAAUCUUUAUUUAUGAUAUAGAAAAAGUAGAUUAAAUUAAUUAUUCAAGUAAAUGCCAUCUUAUAUGAUUAAAAUUACAACGAACCAAUUAUUUUUAAGAGGAUUAUUUAUUGAUCAUUCAAGAAAUUAUUUAUUUUCUAUUAGUCAUGAAAAUGGAGUUAUUAUAAUAAUAGAUAUAUAAAAUCCUGGUUAGGAGUAAUUUGCUAAAUAAAUAACAAAUUUAAAUGGAAAAAUUAAGAGUAGAGAGAUAUCUUGGUCUUCAAAAAGAGGUGAAAUCUAUGUAGGAAAUGUAGAUGGAACUGUUACUAUUUGGGAUGCUAGAAAUUCUAAUUAAUUAUGUAAUAUAUAUAUUAAUUUUAGUUGUUUUAAAAGCUCAUGAUUCAGACAUUACAAAAUUGCAAUGGCUUGAUUCAGAGAAAACAUUAGUAACUGCAUCAAAAGAUAAAAGAAUUAAAGUUUGGUAAUUACCAUAAUUUUGGAGAGAUCCAAAAAUAAUGGAAAAAGAAAAUCAAAUAGAAAAUUAAUUAACUUUUAAAAAAUUAAGAGAAUCUUUAUUUUUUAAUUCAAAAAUAUAAAUAGAUAUGGAAAUAGGAGAAAAUGAAGAUAAUGAUAUGAUUAUAUGGGAUUAACCUUAAAAAAAGUAGUCUGGAAAUAGUUUUGAAGAUUUGACAGAAUUAAAAUGA